CGUAGAAGAAGACCUGCGAGUAAACCAAUAUAUGUAGAAGAAGAAGUAAGGAAAGUAAGAGAAAACAACAUGGGACAGUGACAACCUAAAACAACCCGUCAAUCGCAUGUAUGCUCCUCCAAGGGGGCCAAUGUGUGAUGUGCUUCUGAUUAUCCAGGAAAGACCCAAACCUUGAAAGUGAGACGCAAGAAAAAUGGGGUUAACCGUGACUUGCUUGUGCCUUACAAGAAUUCGGAGAAGAUAUCGACUGAGAGAAUGAAUUUAGUCAAUGAUCUUUGAUGAGAUUCCAUUCAAUCUACACCUGGAUCGAAAGAGCAAAGGUCACUGGAGAUGGCUUCAUCUGAGAGGGAGAUGGAUGGCAUUACCGAGACUGAGGAGGAGAGUGCCGAUGGCCCCCUGCUCUCUGGUGGCUCCUAUUUGAUGACCAGUACUAACCACUGGGAGUUCAGCGAAAGGGAGGGGGAACCCCACAGGGCACCCGUUGUGGAGGACAUUACAUCAGUUCUGGAUUUCAAUAACCUUCCGGACACCUCAAACCUAGCCAUGCCUCGAGACUCAGGAACCGCUGAAGAAGAGACUGGCGAACACAUAGAAUCACACAGGGAUGCAGACGAUGAAGUCUUCAACAUGUUAGGCCAACAACAAGGUGUGGAUUAUGCAGGUGUGGACACUCAGUGUAUGGAUGAAGAAGAAGAAGAUGAGGAGGAAGAGGAAGAUAGCCAAGGCGGAAGCCCAACUGAAAACGUAAAAUCGCCACAUAUGAACGGCGACGCGGGUGGGAGGAGCUCGCAGGGGGUGGGGAAGAGAUGUAGGUCCAGGAACAGUGGCGGGGGGUCGGUUUCUGAACCAAGUAGCCACAGCUCGGCCAGUUCUCUACUCUUUUCUUCCUUUCAAAAGGGUACUGUCAUGUCCGGGGGUAGUAGGCACAAACAGAACCGCAGGCGCAACCACCAGCACCAGCAGGGGCGCGGCCGCCGGAGCCGGGGCCAGGAGCUGGUGCUGGCCGUCAAGGAGCUGCUGUCGGAGUCCCUUGGCACCUGGUGCCUCUCGUGCGUCCACAUGGUGAUCGAGCUCAUCGUGGCGCUCACGCACCACUGCGGCGUCGGCGUGGAGACCGGGGGGAUGACUCUGUACAAUGUCGGCCUCCAGCUCCUCGCCAAGGUCACCGACGUCCCCGGGAUGAAGGCGGACGCUCUGCGGGUCCUGGAGGGCGCCAGAGGCACCGCUGCGGGCGUCGUGGAUAAGACGGUGCGGUCUGCCAAGUGGCUGAAGCAGGUGGCCACCACUAGCUUUGCCCUGGUUUGCGCCAUAGUAAUGCUGGCCUCCAUGUGGGGAAAAAGUCUUCUGAUCCGGGUGGGCGGAGAGAGGGCAAACCGGUGUUGGGCCGCAUGCCAGGACUCCAGGCUCUGGAAGAGGGUGAACUCUUUGAGGGAGACGGUCAGAAACUGGUUUAGGAGAAAAGGACGGGUGCCCGUGUCCCUGCCGGACUCCCCUGGCCAAUUGGGGAAGAGCCAGCCGGGCCAGGAGCUGGAGAGGCUGCUAGCCUUGGCUCAGGUACCGGAGGAGGAGCUUGACCCCUUCACUGUGCUCGGUGUGGAGGUCCACGCCUCUGAGGCGGAGCUGAAGAAGGCGUACAGGCAGCUGGCUGUCCAGGUCCAUCCAGACAAGAAUAAGCACCCCCGUGCUGGGGAGGCGUUCAAAGUGCUCAGGGCCGCCUGGGAUAUUGUCAGUAACCCUGAAACACGGCGAGAGUACGAAAUAAAGCGAAUGGCGGCAACUGAGCUGUCAAAGUCCAUGAAUGAGUUCCUCACCAAACUGCAGGACGACCUUAAGGAAGCCAUGAAUACCAUGAUGUGUACCAAAUGUGAAGGCAAGCACAAGCGGUUCGAAAUGGACCGUGAGCCUUCUGAGGCCAGGUUUUGUGGCGAAUGCAACCGUUUCCACAGCGCUGAGGAGGGAGACCUGUGGGCUGAGUCCAGCAUGUUAGGCCUACGGAUCACAUACUUUGCCUUCAUGGAUGGCAAGGUCUACGACAUCACAGAGUGGGCAGGUUGCCAAAGGAUUGGCAUUUCGCCUGACACACACCGUGUGCCCUAUCACAUCUCAUUCGGUUCCAAGAACACUGGCAGUGCUGCACGUCAGCGGACGCCCUCGGAGCCCGCCCCGGGUCCCAGUAACCCCGCCGACCUACAAGACCUCUUCAACCGCAUCUUUCAAGGGGGACCGGCCGCCGACAUGGCCGCCAACGGGGGGUUCUUUCCCCCGGGCCCACCUCCGCACCCCACCGGCCAGGGGGCGCCCCCGUUCCCUCCCCCGUUCUCCCCCCCGCCCGCACACGGUGGAUUCUUCAUGCCGGGCGCCCAGCGGCCGGAGGCCAGCGAGACAUGUGCGGAGAGUGGCAAACCGCCGCGGAGAAGGAAAAAGGUCCGCAAGCCCUUUCAGAGGUGAAAUCACAUGACUGGUUUUAUAGUUAUCGACCUAAUGGCAACAAUGAGACGCGACACACACAGAUAUCACCCAUGUUUGUCUCUUCAUAAGCCCCCUUGGUGCGCCAAGAUCGGCCCUUCGUGAGUUGAACUCAGGAAGAUUCAUGUGGGUAGAACCGUCUCUUUGACGGUCAUUUCAACAUCGGCCAAAAGGAGAGACCCGAUCAUGAAGACCAAAUCGGAAAGAAGGCAAAGUAUUAGGCGGGGAAGUAUUGGAGAAAUGAAGGCAACGGUGCUUUUAAAAGAAACAUCCGUCAUUACUUUAUUAUUUUGGGUUGUCUUUGGUCUUUAAGACGACUGUAGCCUUGAAAUAUAUCAGAAUGCUGUACAAGUUAAUUUCCUGCCAAAUUUUGCAUUGCAUGCACAAUUGACUCACUUGCUUUUAAACUUUUUUUUUGUUUCUGCUGAGCUUUGCUUUUAUGGUUCUGAAGGAUAAAGCAAAUCCCUGUUGGAGGUUGCGUUCUGGAUCCCCUAAAUCAAGAGAUGAUCUAGCUCGCAGUAAUGUUUCAGUGAUGCCUGGACCGGCAAAUUUGAGAGUGGUCUGCUUUUGGACUAUUUCCCCCACUACCCCUCGUUCAGUCCAUAAUUUAGUCACAACUGUCAUUGGUGCAGAAAUCAACCAAGAAGAUAGGUCUGUUUCCAUCUGCUGCAAUGCAGCUUCAGAAAAUAUAUUGUAAUGUUUUGCAUUACAUAGAUGUUUGAAUAUCUGAAAAAGCUCACUUAUUCAUACAACAUUAUCUAGGCAUGCUAUUGCAAACAUCAGCCAAGGCGUCAAAAUAACAGAUGGGGAUAUUUGGCGAUGAGAUAUCAGGCUGAUAGUGUACCAUUUCAACAUGUUGCCUUCUGCGCUGACUGGUGACGGGAGGAGGGUUAUCAACUAAACCUUUUAGUGAUAUUGAUUUGUCUCACUUUGGAUGGAAGAGAAGAUUGCAACAGAAUAUUGGCACAAAGCUUCUCUUUAUGUUCUGCUAAAGCGUUGAACUUGCAGUGAAUUGACAAAUGAUUACUAUUAUUUUUGUAUGCAGUGGGUGGCUCGGCCUGGGCUUGAGAAUUGUAAAAAGGUUCUUAAUACUUUGCCUGGUUCUCCGGAAGAAUACAUACAGAUGGUUCUAGUGCAGUUAAUCCUUGUUAGUCCAGAUUCUAAAUGCCCCCGUGUGCUACACUGGGGAACAAAUGGAAUGGAUGGAAAACCUUGUUGGUAAAAUGUAUUUCAAGUAAUACAAAACAUGUUGGACAAUUAUGAUUUGGCUUAUUGACUUUUGUGACCUGGUCUUGAUAUUUAAUAUAUAAAUGUGCUUUGAUUUGAUCUUAAUUUGAUUGAAUUUGUUUAUUGAAACUCAAACCACUUAGGAAAACUGAAAACUUGUUAAUCAUAUUACUGAAUAAAUCAAUUUUUUUUUUAUUCUUUUCUGACACAUUGCAGAACACCGAAUCCUCAAAAAAAAUAAUUGUAGACGUAAUUAUUACUAACAAAAAACUGAAAGGUAAAAUAUUUGUUUUUUUUCUGAAGUGCAAGCCCGUGUCUGCCUCUGAUGUGGAACAUUCAAACGGCAGGCCAGCAGCAUUCCUUUUUCCUUUGUUCUCUUAUUGAAAGGUAAACAACUAAAGGAAUGAUGUUGGCCUGCUCUCAGCUAUUGUCUGUGGAGCGAGCAGCCCCAGGGCAGCUAUGGACUCUGCAUUGGCCCCCUGUGUCAUGCACUCCUGUGAGGGUCAGAUAUUCGCAUUGUUGUCAGGAAAUUAAGAAAGUGGGGGAUCCCGUUACACUUUAGAGAUACAUUCUGCUGACUAAAGCAACACAAUUGCUUUGUUUUCAUGUGUUUUUGAUAACCGAUUAAACCAAGGUAACAGUUGAA